AACGACGGGCCUCGAUCAGAGGGCUUUGACUUAGUAUAUUUUACCCCCUAUAAAAGGGGUGGCACCCCUCAUUGUAAUGGAUCCGAAUUUGGAAUCAAUAUACUCCUACUUUGCAUUCUCUCUCUCUAAAACUUAUAUUAUUUCAUACUCUCGGUGGUUAGCCAUCAAAUUGGUGCUUUCAUUGAGAGAAGAGGAACAUACUCGUAGGUUAACUCCCGAACGCGAGAAUGGUGCAAACAAGGAGCAACGUCCCCACCACCAGCCACGUAGUUGGCGAGGAGAACGCACCGGGCAGCGGAAACGGUACAGGAGGUAUCGGCUCGACUCCGGACGCGGUCCAGGCGCUGUUCGGCUUGGGGGUGACCGCAGAGCAGCUCCAGGCGGCCGUUGCGGCACUUUCCGCCUUGGGUGGAAACGUGCCCGGCGCCGGGGCUGGCAAAGCUCCGCUCGGCUCCCACGCCGAACACGCUGCCACUUCCCAACACAAGGGGAAGAAGACCCGGAGGAGCAGAAGGAGGCCUGGCAAGGCCUUGGCGAUCGAGGAGGUGGUUGUGGAGGACGUCCCGGAGGAGGAGGAUGAUGAGUCCAGUGAGUGCCGAGUGUCGGCCUUCAAGCGCUUAGGAGGUGAAGAGACCCGGGCGUCGGCCUUCGACAGGCUCGACCACGGACCGGGAGGUCACCCGGGCGACCUCCGCCGACAAAUAACCGAAGGUAGGUGGAGGCAUGCUGAGGAGUCCGCGACCUCGGAUGCACGCUCGGCGAGGCCCGAGCGGAGCGGAGAAAGACGGGACGAGCGCACCCAGCGUCGCCAUAGUCCAACCAGAACUGAGAAGACAAAGGCCUCUGACCAAGGGGUAUCUCGGCUCGCUCGUGAGAUUGCCGAGCUCAAGCGCCGAGUGGAGACCAGGGCUCCCUACAGCCAGCCCAUCUUGCAGACGGUAACCCCGUUCACUCCGAGGGUUAUGUCGGUUCCGCUGCCGGCAAACUUCCGGCCCUGGAUGAUCAAGGCCUACAACGGAACGACGGACCCCCAAGAUCAUUUGUCCAAGUUCUAUGCUUCUAUGGAAGCGGCGGCAGCCCCGGACGAGGUCAAAUGCCGAUGCUUCCUCGCGACGCUAGAGGGCUCCGCGUGCGAUUGGUUCAACCGGCUCCCGAAGGGAACUAUUGACGAUUGGGAUACGCUAGCGGAGAAGUUCUUGACGCAUUUCGCAGCCAACCGGAGGCAGAGGCUACCUUACUCCCACCUGCUCAACAUUUGCAUCCGCAAAGGAGAGAAGAUCCGCGACUUCAUAACCCGGUGGGAGAAGGAAGCAAGAGACGUGCACGGGGCGGAUGACCAAGCAUUGGUGGCCAUGUUCCAAGCAGCCCUUCCCCGCGGUGAGGUAAGGAAGGAGCUCCGCAAGAAUCCUCCCCCCACGUACCAAGAAACCUUGGCGCGCGCUAAGUUCUUGGCCUCGGAGGAAUUCGAUGAUGCCCCUGACUCCGAGGCCGCGUCGACCAAGCGAGCUCCCGCAGACUCAGAGGAGAUAGCGAAGAAGAGGAAGAAGAAGAAAGACCACACUGUGGGCCCGAGGACGCCCUCGGCGGACGAUGGAGCCGCCCCUUCCCGAGGUCCACCGGAAGGGAGAACGUGGAGGAAGCCGACCGAGCCGGUCGCGGUGGCCACACAAGCGAGGAACCCCGAGAAGAGGCACAUUGGGCGAGAGUGUGAUGAUCUAGACGAGGACGAAGCCCAAGGAUAUCCGGUGGGGUUCAUCCAUGGAGGAAAUAUCGGCGGGGACUCCGCCGCUCAAAGAAAGAGGUGGAAGCACAUGGCCUUCGUCGCCAAGGUCCAACAGGCACCGACGCCCAAGCUCGGAAGACGAGAGCAAAUCCAAUUCACGGAGAAGGAUCUUCCGGACACGCCGAGCCCCCACCGGGACGCCUUGGUCGUGAGGAUGGAGAUCAACAACGCCAUAGUGCACCGCACCUUGGUGGACACGGGAAGCUCGGUCAACAUAAUGUAUGAGAAGACCUUUGAGGACCUCGGCUUGGACCGCAAAGAUUUAAGGCCCGUGCGCACUCCUCUCUCCGGGUUCACGGGGGACUCCAUCGAGGCCGAAGGAGUCGUCACCGUUCCCGUGAUAGUAGGGGAUGGUGCGCACAAGGCCAUGUUGAGGAUGGAGUUCAUGGUUGUGAGCAUCAGCUGCGCGCACAACAUGAUCUUAGGACGGCCCGGCCUUGAGGACUUGGAAUGUGUGAUCUCCCCAUACUACUUGUGCAUGAAGUUCCCCACUCCUUCGGGAAUCGGGGUGGCAAGGGGAGACCAAAAGUUAGCUCGAUCGUGCUAUGUCCGAAUCACAAAGAAGUUGCCAAGAGAUGAGACGUUGGUCGUGCACGCACAAGAAGAAAUGCGGAAGCUGGAAGCACGGCCAAAGGCCGAGCCCGCUGAGGAGGUCGAGGAAGUGCCGCUCGACCCUCGGGCACCCGAGCGGAAUGUGAAGGUCGGGGUGAGCCUGACCGGGGGCCAGCGGAAGCGCUUGGUGGACGUGCUCUCCGCCUACCGCGCCGGUGAAGCAGAAGAAGCAGUUCCUCUCAUCCGAGCGGUGAAGAAGUCCCGAGGGUUCGUGUGGACGGAAGAAUGCCAACAAUCCUUUGAAUCCCUCAAGUCCUACCUCCUCUCUCCUCCGGUUCUCGCGAAACCCGAAGCGGGGGAGACCUUGUACUUAUACUUGGGAGUUUCACCCAAAGCUUUGAGCUCGGUCCUAGUCCGAGACGAGGGUGGAGCUCAGCACCCGGUGCAUUAUACGGCGAAGACGCUGAGGGGUGCCGAGCUCAGAUACUCAGUAGCCGAAAAGACAGUCCUCGCCGUGGUUUCAACCGUGCAGCGUCUAACACCCUACUUCCAAGCUCACCCGGUUCAAGUGCUCUCCCAACAGCCCAUUGGCGCGCUGCUCAGGAGCCCGAACGCGGCCUCGCGCAUGUUCAAGUGGGCGGUGUUCCUUGGAGCUUUCUAGAUCGAAUCCAAGCCAAGGCCAGCGAUCAAGGGCCAAGCGCUAGCUGAUUUCGUGGUGGAGUGCACCGCUCGGGAGGAGCCGAGCCCGGAAGAGCCGGAAGCCGAGGACUGGUGGAUA